AUGAAGGUGACCGUGGACUUCGAGGAGUGCUUGAAGGACUCGCCGCGCUUCAGGGCAGCUUUAGAAGAAGUAGAAGGAGAUGUGACAGAACUGGAACUGAAACUUGACAAGCUGGUGAAGCUUUGUAUUGCAAUGAUUGAUACUGGGAAAGCAUUCUGCACAGCCAACAAGCAGUUCAUGAAUGGAAUUCGAGACCUUGCACAAUAUUCCUGUAAAGAUGCAUUGGUUGAGACCAGCUUGACAAAGUUCUCUGACACCUUACAGGAGAUGAUCAAUUAUCACAAUAUCCUAUUUGACCAGACCCAAAGAUCAAUUAAAGCACAGCUUCAGACUUUUGUUAAAGAAGAUAUUAGGAAAUUCAAAGAUGCCAAGAAACAGUUUGAAAAAGUUAGUGAAGAAAAAGAGAAUGCUCUGGUAAAAAAUGCCCAAGUUCAAAGGAAUAAGCAGCAUGAAGUAGAGGAAGCAACCAACAUUCUGACUGCAACCCGGAAAUGUUUCCGACACAUAGCUCUGGAUUACGUUCUUCAGAUCAACGUUCUUCAGUCUAAAAGGAGAGCAGAAAUCUUAAAAUCGAUGUUAUCAUUCAUGUAUGCCCAUCUGGCGUUUUUCCAUCAAGGCUAUGAUCUUUUUAGUGAACUUGAACCCUACAUGAAAGACCUUGGUGCACAGCUGGAUCAGUUGGCUGUAGAUGCUGCAAAGGAGAAGAGAGAUAUGGAGCAAAAGCACUCCACUAUUCAACAAAAGGCUGCUUUACAGGACUAUUCCAGUGAUGAUACUAAACUAGAAUACAAUGUAGAUGCAGCCAAUGGUAUUGUUAUGGAAGGUUAUCUAUUUAAGCGAGCCAGCAAUGCCUUCAAGACCUGGAACAGGAAAAAGCCAGAUCACAUCAGGCGCUGGUUCUCAAUACAAAAUAACCAACUUGUGUACCAGAAGAAAUUUAAGGAUAAUCCCACAGUAGUUGUGGAAGACUUGCGGCUUUGCACGGUUAAACACUGUGAAGACAUCGAGAGACGUUUCUGUUUUGAGGUGGUUUCCCCAACAAAAAGCUGCAUGCUUCAGGCUGACUCGGAAAAGCUGCGGCAGGCAUGGAUUAAGGCUGUUCAGACCAGUAUUGCUACAGCAUAUAGAGAGAAAGGGGAUGAAUCUGAGAAACAGGAGAAGAAAUCAUCCCCUUCCACUGGCAGCCUAGAAUCUGGGAGUGAGACAAAAGAGAAGUUGUUGAAGGGAGAAAGUGCUCUCCAGCGAGUUCAGUGUAUUCCUGGUAACGCUGCCUGCUGUGACUGUGGUUUGGCAGAUCCUCGCUGGGCCAGUAUCAACCUUGGAAUCACGCUGUGCAUUGAGUGCUCAGGAAUACACAGGAGUUUGGGAGUCCACUUUUCAAAAGUCAGAUCUUUAACGCUGGAUUCAUGGGAACCUGAACUUCUAAAGCUUAUGUGUGAAUUGGGAAAUGAUGUUAUAAAUAGAAUAUAUGAAGCCAAGUUGGAAAAAGUGGGAAUAAAGAAGCCACAACCUGGAAGCCAAAGGCAAGAGAGGGAGGCAUACAUCAGAGCAAAAUAUGUGGAAAGAAAGUUUGUAGAGAAGCAGCCUGCAUCAGUACCUUUGCUUGAAUCUGGAACACAAGUUUUGCCUGCAAGUCAGGAAGAAAAAAGGCACAGUGGCCCUGAAAAAUCCCUUUUGGCAGGGGACCAAGGUGCAGCAUCCCAAAAAGCGGUUGCUGUAAGUAGCGACGAGGCCAGGCGGGAGUCUCUGUUCUGUCCUGAUGAACUAGAUUCACUCUUCUCCUACUUUGAUACCUCUUCAAAACUACGUAGUAUACGAAGCAGUGACAGUGGGAUCCAGCCAAGUGCUGAUGACAGCAGAGAACACCUUGCCUCUACUGUGUCAGUUAACAGUUUGUAUGAACCAGAAGGAGAUAAGCAAGAGUCCAAAGACUCUGACUCCAAACAGCCUAAUCCAGGAUUGCAGCUGUAUCAAGCUGCCUUUGAGAAGAAUCUUCCUGAUAUGGCAGAAGCAUUGGCCCAUGGAGCUGAAGUAAACUGGGUCAACGUAGAAGAAAACAAAACAACACCACUCAUUCAGGCAGUGCGAGGGGGUUCGUUGGUUACUUGUGAAUUUUUGCUGCAGAACGGGGCCAAUGUGAACAUCAGGGACAUGAAAGGAAGAGGACCUUUGCACCAUGCCACGGUUCUAGGACACACUGGACAAGUGUGUUUGUUCCUGAAACGAGGAGCAAACCAGCAUGCCACUGAUGAAGAUGGGAAAGAUCCACUGAGUAUAGCAGUAGAAGCUGCAAAUGCAGACAUUGUAACAUUGUUGCGUUUGGCAAGGAUGAAUGAAGAAAUGCGUGAAUCAGAAGGGCUCUAUGGACAGCCAGGAGAUGAAAUUUAUCAGGACAUUUUCCGUGACUUUUCUCAAAUGGCAUCAAAUAAUCCAGAGAAGCUAAACCGUUUCCAGCAGCCAGAUUCCCAGAAGUCUUAA